GGCAGGACGUGCGCCUGAGCUCGGCCGAGCGAGGCCAGAGGGAGCCGUGCCAAGCCAAGGCAGCCGUGCCCAGCGGCCCCGCGACCUGGGUAUCUUCGUCCCUCCCCACGCUCCCACUCGGGAUCGCGUUCCCCGCGCCGUCACAGCAUCCAGCUCGGCGCCGAGACCCUCGAGCGCCGCCGCCGAUCGCACCCGCUGCAGAGCCAACAUGCCCAUCACUCGGAUGCGCAUGAGACCCUGGCUAGAGAUGCAGAUUAAUUCCAACCAAAUUCCAGGGCUGAUCUGGAUUAAUAAAGAGGAGAUGAUCUUCCAGAUCCCAUGGAAGCAUGCAGCCAAGCAUGGCUGGGAUAUCAACAAGGAUGCUUGUCUGUUCCGGAGCUGGGCCAUUCACACAGGCCGAUACAAAGCAGGGGAGAAGGAGCCAGAUCCCAAGACAUGGAAAGCCAACUUUCGCUGUGCCAUGAACUCCCUGCCAGACAUCGAGGAGGUGAAGGACCAGAGCAGGAAUAAGGGUAGCUCAGCUGUGCGAGUGUACCGGAUGCUCCCACCCCUCACCAAGAACCAGCGGAAAGAGAGAAAGUCCAAGUCCAGCCGAGACACUAAGAGCAAGGCCAAGAGGAAGUCAUGUGGCGACUCCAGCCCGGAUACCUUCUCUGAUGGGCUCAGCAGCUCCACCCUGCCCGACGACCACAGUAGCUGCACAGCUCAGGGCUACCUAGGCCAGGAGUUGGACGUGGAUCGGGCACUCACUCCAGCGCUGUCACCGUGUGUCAGUAGCACUCUCCCUGAAUGGCACAUGCCCAUGGAUAUUGUGCCGGACAGCACCAGUGACCUGUACAAUUUCCAAGUAUCACCCAUGCCCUCCAACUCUGAAGGUGCAACAGACGAGGAUGAGGAAGGAAAGUUACCUGAGGAUAUCAUGAAGCUCUUGGAGCAGUCCGAGUGGCAGCCCACAAACGUGGAUGGCAAGGGGUACCUACUCAAUGAACCUGGUAUCCAGCCCACAUCUGUCUAUGACUUCACUUGCAAGGAGGAACCUGAAGUUGACAGCCCUGGGGGGGACAUUGGGAUGAGCCUACAACGUGUCUUCACAGAUCUGAAGAACAUGGAUUCCAGCUGGAUAGAGAACAUGUUGCCCCCGGUCAGGCUGCCCUCCAUCCAGGCCAUUCCUUGUGCGCCGUAGCUGGGCCCCCCUAUACUCUCUUAGGCAAGCAGGAUCUGGCAUCAGGAUGGCUGUGGUGCAGAAAAAUGGGACUUCCGUGGACCCCUGGAUGUGGCAAAGCCUGUCUCCAGUGCUAAGUGGGGGUAGGGUCUUCCUCUGGGUCCAUGGCCUUUCAGCAUCUGGCAGGUCAGCGACUGGGCUCAUUUUGUGGGGUAAAGCUGGCCCUGCCUCCCUGGACAAUGGGGUUCUAAGGCUGGUGUGUAAGGUGGAGGUCUCAGGAGUCAGCUUCUAGCUUGUCCCUCUGAGUCCAGCUGCCUGGAGCAGAUCUCGCUAUUGCUGAGCUGGCCUGAGGGAAAAGACCAGUGACCUCAGAAAAGCUUAGCACCAACCCCAGGGCUGGUCCUGCACUAAGAGACAAUUGCACUAAGUGAGUCCUUUUCCAAAGAACUGCCUCCCUUCCCAGCUGAGCCCUGGGGACUCUUCCAAAGCCAGUGAAAUGUGAAGGAAAGAUGAGGUCCUGUGGGACAGUGCUCCUCAGCCUCCGAGGGCUCUGCCCUGUUCCCUGCUCAGGCUGAGGGUUUUGGGAAAAAACAUGGCACUUUUUCUUGUGGACCUUGCCACAUUAUUGAUCAGAGGUGUACACUAACGUUCCCC